AUGAUAUCCAUCAGCACACAUAGCGCGAAAGGUGGUCAUCGGGGCCCUGGGCUCUACCAGGUUGACCCCUUUGUGACCUCCCUGCACAACAUUCGCGCAGCACCCAGCGUCUUCUCCCCGAUCGUGGGCACACUGGAGGCGUAUGAUGUGAUCGAAGUCGCUCAGACCAUCCAACUUUGUGGCCAGGAUGGCUGCCCUGAGUUCUGGGCGCAGCUGCUGCGGAAAACCGCCGGGCCAGCUCCGUGGAUCCUGAUGGCAGAUGCCGACUGCGAGUAUCUGGUGAAGCUCCUGCGGUCUGGGGAGGCGCUGAAGAAACCCGAGGACUGGGUGCCGCCGCUGCCCGAUGAGACCCCUUAUGGUGAAGCGACCCAGUCUGUGAACUUCUACUUGGCUGCGGCACUAGGCGACGAAACGUCCGAUCUGCCUGACAUGAUCACGGCCCUGGCGGACCACGAAUGUCGCCUUGGCCGCGAGGCUGCUGCAUUGGCCAUUCUCGAGGAAGAAGCAAAUUCUCUCAGAGAGGAGGCCCGGGCCUACGAGCGCGAGCUGGAGCGGCGCCGCGGAGACCGUGCAGCCACGCAGCGGCGCUUCCAGCGCCUGAAGCAGCGCGAGGCCUGGAACAUCGCAAAUGCGCAGAUCGAGCUGCAGCUCGUGCAAGUCGAAGACAUGCUGGACGAUGCCAUGGACAAUGCAGAGGCUGCUUGUGCUUCACAGCUGGCACUGCAGCGUGCCCGAGAGCGCGAGGAAGCGGAGCGCGAGAGUGAGGCACAACGCCGACGCCGGAAGAAGGCGAUCAGCCGCUUGGGUGCCCAAUUGGCGGCGAGUGUUGGGGAGGAUGCAGAGGUCAAGAAGCUGGAGGUGUCUUCCGUGGGCAGUGACAGCAAACUCUUGGAGGCAAUGGCGGGUCUGGAGACACUGGUGGGCCGCCGCUACCUGCAGGGCGGGGCGGCUUUGACCAGCCUGGAGGCUUUCGUGAAGAUUAUGAGGAAGCUUUGA